GUCCCUGGUCAUGGUGCGGAGCUCUGGGGAUAGCGAAAGGAGUUCCCGCUCGCUGACUUCGAUUUUCGACUCCAGGAGACGUCCAAACACGGUGUUGGCGAUUUUAUCGUCGAAAAUAGGUGCUGUGGUUCGAUAGGCGCCCUCGGCUUUCUUUGGUGGAGCAGGGAUGCGUGCCCCCACGUUCCGGUCGCGUGGUGGGGCGUACCCCGCGUCUUUGGCUUUUGAAAAUGGGUGUUCCGCUGCGGGAUGCACUGGUGGGUCCUUCUGGCGCGUUGCUGUGGGUCCCGGUGCGUUUUUAUCGAUUCCCGGGGCGCUCGUUGCUGACUGAUUCGGGCGGACGGUCUGUUCGGGCUCCUCGACUGGUUCGGACAAACGCCCCGCACCUAGGGCUGCGCGCGCUUGUGCCCUGCGUGAAGCUCGACGCGAUUUUCGGUCCGGAAUUGGAGCUGAGGAAAUGCGUGGAGAUUUCAGCUGUAUUCUGCGACGCCGCCAUUUGUCCUGGGUUCUGGCGAUGCCAUUCUUCGAUCCGUGCACGCAGAUUG